UGUCCGCGUUCCUCCAUCCACACCGCGACAGCCCCCGAUCCAACCCUAACCCCUCCGGCCAUCCGCAUCGCCAACUCGCACGCAGGCGCCGAACCCCUACUCCUCGCCGGCGCUCAACACAACGUCCCCAGCGCGCGUCCCCGCUCCUCGGCGGCUCUCCGGGCUUUGUGUAGGUCGCGGGGUUCGACUCCUGCGAUUCGUGCGUAAUGGAGCAGGACCAGAACGUUGCUACUCGUGUUGAUUCCGGCAGCGCGGAGCCUGGUGCUGCGGCUUUUGAUCCAGCCAGUGCCAAUCCUGAUGCCAACGCGUACAGUCAAAAUCCGAGCUACGUUAUUCAAUCUGAUGGGGCGCUUGUCGCCGGUGAGAGCGUCGUUGCCCCCGACGGUGGAGCUCAGGGGGACGAUGCCUCUGCAUAUGCGACUGAGCACGUAGCAUUCAAUGGGACGGCUGACUACCAAUCUGCAGGACUUACAGAGAAUGGUGCUGCUGCCGCAAACGAGAUGGGCGAGCCGGUUCCUGAACCAUCCUAUGAGGACGCUGUUCUUUCAGCAGAAGAGGUUAGGUUGUGGAAUGUCGUCAUGGCAAAUUGUUUAGACUUCAAUGCUUGGACCACACUUAUUGAUGAGACAGAGAAAAAUGCUGAGAGCAAUAUUUUGAAGAUACGGAAGGUGUAUGAUGCAUUUCUUGCAGAAUUCCCUCUUUGCUUUGGAUAUUGGAAGAAAUACGCAGAUCAUGAAGGCCGGCUUGAUGGUGUCAAUAAAGUUAUAGAGGUGUAUGAACGAGCAGUUCUUUCAGUAACUUAUUCAGUGGACAUUUGGUAUAACUACUGUCAGUUUGCAAUUUCAACAUAUGAUGACCCAGAUAUCAUCCGAAGACUGUUUGAGCGGGGUUUGGCAUAUGUUGGAACAGAUUACCGUUCCAAUCUUUUGUGGGAUGAGUACAUUAAGUAUGAAGAAUCGCUGCAGGCAUGGAGUCAUCUAGCCGUGAUAUACACGAGGAUACUAGAGCAUCCUAUACAGCAGCUUGACCGUUACUUUAACUGCUUGAAGGAAUUGGCUUCGACACGGAAUUUGUCGGAAAUACUUACUGCAGAAGAAGCUUCCGCAUAUGGUGUUACAUCUGAGGACAUUGCUCAGGCUCUUGAUGGGGAGGCACAUCCUGAUGGUGUCGAUAAAUCUGCUCAACCUGAAAUUUCAACUUCAACAGAAGCAGAGAACCUGGCGAAAUAUGUAUCCAUGAGAGAAGAGAUGUACAAGAAGGCCAAAGAGUAUGAAUCUAAGAUUAUUGGUUUUGAGCUAGGUAUUAGAAGACCAUAUUUUCACGUCAAGCCUCUUGACAAUCCAGAACUUGAAAAUUGGCAUAACUAUCUUGAUUUUAUCGAGAAGGAAGAAGACAUUAAUAAGGUUAUCAAAUUGUACGAAAGAUGUGUUAUUGCAUGUGCUAGUUAUUCAGAAUUCUGGAUCCGGUAUGUGCAAUGUAUGGAGGAUAAAGGAAGCCUAGAACUAGCAAACAAUGCCCUGACUCGUGCCACUCAUGUGUUUGUCAAGAAGCAGCCAGAGAUCCAUCUAUUUAGUGCACACUUUAAGGAGCUUAAUGGAGAUGUUUCUGGAGCACGUGUAGAAUAUCAGCAUCUUUACUCGGAACUAUGUCCUGGCUUUCUAGAGGCCAUUGUGAAACAUUCUAAUAUGGAGCACCGACUGGGAGAUAAAGAAUCUGCUUGUUCAGUUUAUGAGAAGACCAUUGCUGCUGAAAGGGAAAAGGAGCAGAGCCAGCUCUUGCCAACACUGCUGAUUCAAUACUCACGUUUCUUAUUUUUGGCUAUCCGAGACUUGGAAAAGGCAAGGGAGACCAUAACUGCAUUGCAUGAGCAGUUCAACGUGACGAAACUAAUUCUCGAGGCUACCAUCCAUCUAGAGUCACUAUUUCCAUGUGAAAAGCGUAUUGAAUUUUUAGAUUCCCUUGUGGAGAAGUUCCUUACAUCUGAUCCAUCUCAAGUGGAGGUGGCAAGUCUAGGUGACAAAGAAGAAAUAUCUUCCAUAUUUUUAGAGUUUUUGGAUCUCUUUGGGGAUGCAAAGUCGAUCAAGAAGGCUUUAAAUCGGCAUACAACUCUUUUCUCAUGUAAGAGAAGCAUUCUGUCAUCAAAGAAACGAAAAGCAGAUGAUGCUAUUGUGUCAGACAGAGACAAAUUGGCUAAAACUGGGGGAACUCAGCCAGGCAUGGCAACUGAUCCAAAUGCUCAUAAUCCUCCAGUUUGGCCUGCGACAUCUGAAGCAACAGGGCAACAAUGGGGAGCUGCUUAUGCACCGCAGGCUGCGUAUCCUCCAUAUGGAACUUAUGACUACAGCCAGCAACUGCCUCAAUCUGCUCCUCAAGCAGCUCCUUAUGGUGCAUAUCCUCCAACAUACUCUGCUCAGGCCUACACACAACAAACCUACGCACAUCCUGCAGCAAUGGGGACGGCAGCACCAGCGCCUGCAGCGGCGCCAGCACCGGCCCCUACGGCAGUUUACCCUCAGCAACCUGCGGCAGCUCAACCUUACUAUGGCACAACAUACUACUGAUCUGUACAAUGAUCCUCGACGUUGAUUCAGCGAGCCUGCUAGGUUGCCUUGGCAUGUGUCUGUUUCUGCAGUCAAAUGGGCAGAGGUCUGCCAGUUCCAGGUAAAAGGCAUCGCAAAUCCUUUUGUACUGCUAGUGUUCCUAGAAGACUCGUGUCAGUGUUGGGGUGUAGCUCGCCCUUAUCCGGAUGCUAUUUUGCGGUAUUGUACGAGGACGGUCGCAUGAGUCCAAAUCAGAGAUUUGUAUAGUCGAACAUUUUGGUUGUAGAAUCCAUGCCCCUAGAAUUGCCAUUGUUUUCUCGUGUGGAUUAAUGCUUACCGUAGACGCCGCAUUUGAAUUAGCGGUCUUUACUAUGCGUGUGA